CGAAGCAACUUGUCAUACACGCGUCAGAGCUGAAAUUUUUAGUAAUUUGGAGCUGAUUUUAUGACUAACAAUGAAAAAUAAUUGACAGUUAGUUGUUGGUUAGUUAUGCCUUUUUCUAAGGAUAUUGCUUUAGAUAUAUUAGGAUUACCAUCAUUUGCUACAGCGGAUGAUAUUGUGUUUCGAUAUAAAGUUUUAUCUUUGAUGUGGUAUCCUGAAAAUCACCAUAAUCGAGAAUUUGCUUUGCAUGAAUUUAGUAACGUUAGUGAAGCAGCUGUGAGACUAAUUUUUCCUGAAAAAGAUUUACCCAGAAAAUUGACUUUGCCAGAAAUGUAUGGAUUUUUCCAGUAUAUCUUCUUUAGAAAUAAAGAUAAGGAUAAAGAUAGCUGUGAGUAUGUGAGUGAUGACAGCUCUGUGACAGUUGAAGAGGCUGACAUAGUAAAAGAAAUUCAGGCUGAUGGCAAUGCAACAGAAUUGAUAAUGGAAGAAGAGCGUGAAAAAAAUAAAGCAGAAAAAAGGAGAGCUAAAAAGAAAAGAAGGAAGGAAAGGAAAAAAAUGGAAAAAUUAGAAAAGGAAACAAAACCUGAAAAGAAGAGUGCUACAUCUAAAACCAAGACACCCAAGUCAGUUAAUAAACAGAAACCUCAAGAGCCUAAAUCAUCGGAAUCAGAGGAAGAUUUUGACACAUCUAGUGCCUUUGUUUCGGUGGUAGCUAGAAAACAUAAAAAAGUUCCUGAAACCGUAGAGAUAAAAGAAAAUAAAAAACGUUCUAAUUCGGCACUUCCCAAAGAAGAUCCUCAGUCUGUAGUUUUACGAAGCAGGCAGCUGGCAGUGCGUGGGAAUGAAAUGGCAAAUUUAGGUUAUUAUUCUGAAGCUGCAGAGUUGUUUUCUGAAUCCAUUAAAUUAGAUCCAACAGAUCACAGGUUUUAUGGUAAUCGCUCAUAUUGUUAUGAUCGUCUUACUUUGUAUGAAAAAGCAUUAAAAGAUGCAGAAAAAGCUAUUGCAUUAUCUCCUGUAUGGCCUAAAGGAUAUUUUAGAAAAGGAAGAGCGUUAUUGGGUUUAAAAAAAUAUGCGUUAGCUGAACAGUGUUUUGUUGAAGUAAUGAAGCUUGAUAAUGAUUGUGUGGAUGCAAUAACUGAAUUACAUAAAGCAAAAGUUUUGCAAAUAAUGGAAAAAGGAUUUUCUAAAGAACAUGCAGAAGCUGCUAUUUCAACUUGUAGUACUGUUGCUGAAGCCUUGAACUUUUUACGAGUUAAUGGGACUUCAAGAUUACCUGUAAGAAGUGACACAGACAUUUUUAUAUCUGAUGAUGAAAGUGAUGUAGUUUGGAAGGCUGUCAAUAAACCAAAAACUCCACAACAGGCAUAUGAUAUAAAAAUGGAUCCCAAUAAUCCAGAAGGGCACAAUUCUUUAUGGAUUGGGAAUGUCCAAGAAGAUGUAACAGAAAAAAAAUUAAUUCAGAUGUUUGGAAAAUAUGGUGAACUGUUAAGUGUCAAAAUAAUGCCUGAAAAAUUCUGUGCAUUUGUAAAUUAUAAACUCAAAUCAUCACCUGGCAAGGCAAUGCAAGCAUAUCAGGGUUAUGAAUUGAGUGGAUAUAAACUUGUAAUUAGAUUUCCAAAUCUGCCUGGAGAAACAACUGUGAAGAAAAAACCUGUAGCAGCUGCACAAGAAAAGAAACAAACAGGCCCAGCAAAUGGUAAUGAAUGUUAUUUUUGGCGCACAACAGGUUGUGUUCAUGGUCCAAAUUGUCGCUAUCAACAUGUGAAAGAACAUAAAGGCAUUGAUAAAAAAUAAAGGCUGAUUUCUUGAUUACAUCAUGAUAGAGAAAAUGAUUUGAACUGGGUUUUUAUAACUAUUGAUCUGGAGACUUAAUUUUAUGAAUAGAUUCUGAAGACAUUAUUGUAAAAAUAUAUGCAUAUAUGCUCAGACAGCUACUGAUGCUUUUUUUGCAUACUUGAUUAGUAUAUUGGUAAUUUGGUAAAUGUCUUUGAUGUACUGAAAAAUAAAGCUGAAUUGUUAGUUUUUCGGAAAUUAUUACAUGUUAUAUUGCUGAUUUAUAAAUUCAAGUUUUUAUUUUUUUUUAUUAUUAUUAUUACUCAUUGCUUUUAUGGUUGAAAUUAUAUUGAUCAGAAUGUCAAAGACUACAUUUACUAAUUCAUUUAAGAAUUUGUCGAUUUGUGAAAAAUUUGCAUGUAUGCUAAUUAUAAUGUUAUUUUAGUUUUAUAUUAUUUUUUAAUGUUUUCAUCUUAUUUUUUAUGUUGCCAAUGAUUUGAUUCCUUUUUAAAGUGUCCAUUUUUGUAAUUGUGCAUUUAGCCAUUAAACAUAAUGUACUUUUCAAGAAUGAUGAUGAUUUCCUACAAUGUAUUUGUAAAUAGUUAUAUUUCUCAAAUUGAUUUUAUCCAUUUCUUUUGUUGUAAGAUAUUUCCAUCUCUCAAUGUAUAAUGUGUGUUUGUUGUUGUUGUCAGAUGAAUUACUUUUUACCACUCCAAUUCGUAAGUCGUGUUGAAGUUUUUAAAUUUUGUAACUAUCUUGCAGAACUGUUGGCAGUGGCUUGAAAUUUUUCUAAGAACCAAAAUUUAUUAAUAAAAAAUGCGAUUUUAAGCUGUAAGAUAUAUAUCUUGCGCAGUGUCAUUUUAUAUUAAAAAAAAUUAAAUCUUACAAUUUUGCAGGCUUGCUAAAAUCAUUAGUUAAUUGUUGAUUCCAUCAUCUAUGAAUUCAGUUUUUUUAUUAAUGCAUGCACAUUACUAUUUCUAUACACUGCUUGAUUUCUAUACAUUUUAUAAUGUUCAAUGACUAUUGCUUAUUAUUUAUUUUCUUUUAUUAAUGCUUUAUUGACAAUAUCAAUCUUGAUAGCCGAAGAAUGAAUUAUUUUGUAUUAUACAUAUUUUUAAAAGAUACCAAUUCACAUUUAUAAUAUCUUUUGGAUCUGCUGGAAAGUUGUUUGCUACCAUGAUCUGUAUGUAGUUAAACGAGAAUUCAGUCUUGCAUUUGAAAAUCGGUAAAGUAUUUUUUUCUCUUAUUUUAUCAUGCUUUUAUUGUUAGCUGGCGUGUUUCAAUUUUUUCUUAAAUAUAUAUCAUUUCUUCGUAAAAAUCAUUUGUUCUAUUUCUCAUUGAUUUAGAAGAAUUAUAAUUACUUAUUUGCAUUUAUAAAUCAGGUUAAUUCAAUAAACUUGUCUAAAUUAUACAUUAUUGUGUGCAAUGAAAUAGAUCACACAUUUCUAUUAUGUAUGCUUUAUGCAACUAAUGUUUAUGCUGAUAAUACCUAUAUGGUAAUUCAUUCUGUGCCAUACAUUAUGUUAUUUUAUCAUUGUUGUGGCACUGUAUAGGAAACUAAACUAUUAAGGUAUUGAUGAACGAUGUAACAUAUGUUCAUAUGCAUUUUGAAUUUCAUUGUAAAGAAUAUCAAUUAUUGGUGUUUAAGACAAAUUCUGUGUGAAUAUAUCAAUUACUUUUAAAUAUAUUUAGAUCAUUCGUAGGAAUUUUUAAAUGGGCAUGUUGACCCAUUUAAAAAUAACCCAAUUUGUGCUGUAUUAUUAAUGUGAAUUGUUAUUGACUGGUGCAACUGAUGCGUGCAUCUUUAGUUCUUGCUUUGCCCUUGAAUAAGUUCACAAAUUCACAAUAUAUUCACCCUUUGGUAAUCCCCUAAAAAAUUAAUAACCAGUAUCACGUUAAUAGUGGCUAAUUCGGCAGUGCAAUAGAAUAUCAUUCAGAAGAAUUUCUCAACUUUAGUACCACUGUAUAGGUACUGAUUCCAUUGCCAUUUUAUGGUUCCUUUUUUAUCAUUGAAAUAUAAUGAUGCUACAAUAAAUUAAUAACCUAGGAAACAAAUUCUAUUAAGAAGGUGUUUUUUUUUAAGAAGGCUUUUCUUUUCUAUUAAUAAGGUGUUUUUGCAAAAUUAUUUCACUUUUUUUUUUUUUUUUUUAAUUUUUAGACAAAAAUUUCACUGCAGACAUCAAAAAUGAGUGACAAUGUUUAUAGACUAGCACCAUUUACUUACAAGAGCUUACUAAUAACAGAAUUUACCUAAAGAUACAGAUUUUUAAAAAUUUCUUACAUAAAUUUUUCAAAAAUUUCAUGUUUAUUAUAGAUGAUAUUGCUUGGGUGAGUCAAUACAGAUGAUGCACUGAGAAUUUUUUAAAACUCUUGUCAAUAAGGAUGUGUAAGUUCUAUUCAUAAAUAAAACAAAUCCAUGAAAAUUUUGCUGAUGUUUUGGAAAAAGAGGUAAUUUUGCUUCAAAUUGUAAAAUCACUUUCAUGCCUAAAAUUUCAUCUGAAACUUUUUGAAAAUUCUAUGGCUUAUAAAUUUAUUAAAAUCUCAAAUGUAUCAAAAUGACAUACAGUUAACUACUUAACUGUUUAUGUGUCAUUGGUGCAUUGAACUAUCAUAUUUUGGAACAUUUAUAAACAUAAUUCAAUGCAAAAAUGGUUUGGAAUAUGCAGACAUCUUGAAGUUUUUUGAACUCUAAAUUGAUGGUGAAAAAACCCCCAUCAAAAUAUUAUUUUAAAUGUUAUUUUUUUGUAUUAUAUAAUUAUAUAAUAAUUUAAUGCUUUGUUGAAAUUGUCAAGAACCCAAAUCUUCUAUCUUUACAAAUUAUUAGUUUGUUCUUAGUGUAAAUGCAUUUCAUCUUUGUAUUAACUUAGUUUACAGACAUUGCCUUUUAAACUGAACAAUUUAAAUAAAUUUAUUCUUAAUCCUUUGACUAAUGCAUACAGUCUCAUUGAAUUAUAUAUAUGUAUUUAUUUUUUUUAAAGUUUUGUAACUAAUGUAAAUUUGUAGUCACUAAUUUCAAAGCAGCAUGGUUAAUUUAGGAAACAAAAUUCUUUUAAGACAUUUAAAUGAAUUGACUGUUUUUGUUUUUUUGAAUUUAAAGUAUUUUAUCUCCCUCUACAGGUAUUUAAAGCUUAAAAUAGAAUAUUUUAUCUAAUUGUGUUAUAUCAGAUUGAAAUAUUUCUUCCCCUCCCUUUCUUAUUUCUUUUUUCAACCAAAACAAGUUUUCCCCAUUUUUAGCUGAUGAUUUUUAUUACUUGCAAUAUGCAUCUUACAGAAAUAAAGAAUAAAGCUAUAAUUUAUAGUUAACACAAAACAUAAUUCAAUGCAAUUAUUUGAUUGAAUGAAUUGCUUUGCUGAAAACUUAUGUUAUAACUUUAUAUUUUUCUAUAUCUUUGUGGAUCUAUUUUGUGGAGACCUGGAAAAUUGUACCUUAAGAGAUGAAUGACUUUUAAAUUAGCCUUGUUUGUAGUCUACUUAAGUAUAUGAAUAGUUUAGAAUUGGCAAAGGAGUUGAUUAAUGUCUGAAGUUUAUUUACAUUGCAUUGUUUGUGUACUUAUUAUGAAUUGUUUUUGUUCAUGGUAAAAGUAUAGCAUAUAUAAAAUCUAUAAUAUAAUAUGAUCUAAAAAUAAAUAAAAAAAUAUCUGACCAAUAAUUCUAUUAUUAAAAAAAUCCUUGUUAACAAUAAUAAUCUAAAAGAUACGAAAUCUGGUAAUUUUUUGGAAUUGGACUAUUUGUAAUUCCACUACAAUUAUUAAAAGGAGUGGUGGAAUAAAUAGAUAUGUUUUUUCCCCCGUUCUUUUUAAUAUUUCUAUUGAAAUAUAUUUGGCUAUAUAAAUUUUGCAUUUAAACCUUUUCAAACAGUAUCUUUUUUAAACACUGUUUAUCAAUGUACAAUCAAUAAGGAAAUAUUCCCUGCUUUUAUGCAUGUACCAGGGGUUAUUUAUUUUGCCAAAAUAAAGGUUAAGUGAAAGAAAAUGCUCUAAUGGGAUGGAAGUUAAAUUCAAAAUCUAACAAAAAUUUCUAGAGAUAUGCCAUUUUUGCUGUGCAUUAUCCUUUUGUGGAGUAAAAUCAUUCAAAACUGUUAGUCUUAGAAUUCUGAAAUGAACAGUAUAUUUGGAUAUAUUGAUAUACAAAUAAUUCCACAUUAUUGAAUCUUAUUCUUUGUACAUUCUGAUUUAUUUGAAUCUUUUUUUUUUAUGUUGAGAAAAGAAACAUAUGUUUUAGAAUUUCUCCUUUUAAGACCAUCAGAAAUAUAUAGGCCACAAAAUCAAAAAAGAUUUGACCCCUUGAAAAGAUUUUCAGUCAUAAAAUUCCCAUUAAUCUUCUUUUAAUUACUGUUAAUAAUGCUUUGUUCAGUCGUGGUAGGUGGUCAGCUGUAUACGAAAAGAAAAAGUCUUCUUUAAAUCUUUCAUUGUAUUUCUGAAAAGUUCUAUGCCAAUUAAAAUUCUGCUUUAUUUAAACUUUUAUCAGAUGUUAAAUGAUUUCAUAAGUAUAUUUAUAAAAGUACUCUUAAUAAAAAAUUGAAAUUGCCACAUUUUUAUUAAAUAUUACAGAAGUUAUGUAGAAUUUUAUUUAAAAAAAAUCUUGAAAAUAUUCUUUUGUUAAAUAGAAGCAAGAACUAGAGAAUACUCAGUGGCUCUACUAACUUAUCUGUCUGUUAAUUAACAUAUUGUGCACUAUUUGUAAUCUGUGUGUUAGUAAAAAUGUGACUGGUAGUUGUGUAAAAUGAUUUAAAAAAUAUGAAUGAAACUGUCAUUUGAUAUUUUAACAAGAUUUUUUUUCUCUUCAUUUUGUUUUUAUUCUCUCUUUUCCAACUCCUCCAUCAUUUUAUAGUCAUAUAUGUGAUAUAAUUUAUAUGUAAAGGAUCAAAGAAUAAAAGUUAUGCUUUGUGUUCCUUGUAAUUGAAUAGUGGUUUCUUAUUCUAAUGGUGAAACCAUUUUUUUUCUGCAGAAAUAUUCUGUGUACAAAAGAGUUUUGUGCAGUUCCAGUCGUUUGAUAUUUUAACUCAAAAUUUUCUUUUUCUUUUGUUUUUGUUCUCUUUUUUCCAGAUAAAAUGAGCAUAAACAGAAGGACAGCAAAAAAAAUAACUAAUGGAAUUAAUGAUAAAUAAAUGAAUAUUAACUGAUUUUUUUAAUAAUAUUUUAAUGAUAUGUUUCAAAUGAAGCUGAUUUUCUUAGUUGUUUUCUCAUUUAUAUUUUAAAUUCUGGCAAAUGUUUAUACCAUUUACUUUCAUGGCACCGAAGGUCAUUCAUGAGACCUCGCAGUUUAAGAAGCCAUGUUCUUAAUGUUAAAUGGAUGUUUAUUAAAAAAAAAAAAUCAUGAAUGUGAGUUAUACAGUUUUUGAAUAUUAUAAUUAAAUGUUAUACACAAUGGAUAAACUUGGUGUCUGUUUACCCCACAUUAGUAUCACCUGAAUAUUUCUUAUUGUUUGAUUGUAGCUUGCAUGUUAGGGCUGCAGAAUUGCAGCACCCUGUUCGAUUAUUUAAAUUUAUUUUUGUAUUAUUUGCUGAUUUGUUCUUCCUGAGAUUUUUAAGGCAUUUAUUAAUUGAAGAUAAAAGUAAUUUUUUAGGCACAUUAUAUAACAAUAGUUUGGUUGUAAAACUCUUCUAUCCUUCAGUCAAAAGACCAUUUUAAGCCUUUCUUUUAGAUAGCUCAAAAUCGCUGAGUGGGUAUAAGGAAAUAAGUAGGCAAGAAUGGUAUUUCUGUUUGUUUCUGGAGAUUGCAGAGCUUAUCAGGCCAUCCCCAAUAACUGAAACAAUCAAGAAUAUGCACUUUUUCCACUUCCUUCACCCAUUAAACAGUUUUCUUUGUUCUGUUUUUUAAAAAUCAUUCUGCUUUAAGAUUUGCUCAAAGAAGAGUGCUUUGUAGGUAUUACCCUAUUAGACAAAAUAUUGUGUGAUAUCAUCACAAUGUUGCUCUAUAUUUUGAAUACUGUACGAUAUUGUGAUCAUUUUGUGCUAAUAGAGCAUGCAUUUUUAACACGUUUCUCAAGGAUAUCGCUUUUAUUUUAAUAUUUAUAAUUCAUGCAUGCACAUUAAAUUUCGCUCAUGUGCAAAGCAGUUAAAAUGUUGAAAAGUGAGUUUUAAAAAUUGAAUAUCAUAAUUUGCACUAUAAUUAAAGACACUUUUAGAAAUAUUGCUACAACACUAUUAGUUUCUGAAUCAAUAUUUGCUGAUAUGGUUUGGAAAUAUCUACUGUUAUUAAAAAGAUAAAAUAAGCUCAUCAUCAUGAUCUAAUGGGUAAUACCUUAUGUUUUGUUGCUUGUCUUUACCACCAAAUAAUGAUUUUUUUUUUUUUUUUUUUUUUUUUUGAAAAUCCUUUCCCUCACUUCAAGGUCUGUUAAUAUUUUGAAAGAAGUAGGUUUGUUUAUAAAAGUAAUAUCAACAUUUUGAGUGCUAUUCACGAGCUUAGCGAAGUGUGUUGUACUUUUCAUUUUUGUUUCUUUUAUUGUAUCUGCAUUUUAUUUACCAGUGUAAUGCAUUUUUAUUUCAGUAUUCUUUGUGUUGUCUUUUGUUUUAUUCAAAGUAUCUUAAAAUGUAAAGCAAAUCUUAAAGAUUUUUUGUUUUUUAUAAAUGUGCCUUACUGUUCACUAAAGCUUAUUUUGAAACUUUGACCCUAGUAUUAAUAUUGUACA